AAAGCCUUUCAGCCAAUAACGAUGCGGCGUUUUUGAUUGGGUGGGCUAAAGUUUAGCAACAUCUGUUAUGGAAGAUGUCAUUCGUGAGAGGAGCAAUGAUAUCUGCGUCAAAGUCAGGAUUAUUGAGCCUUGCUAGGGCAUCUACUUUUCCUAACAUCCUCAGGGUGAGUGAACAGUUACACCGUUUUCCUCAGAGCUCCCAGCCGCUUUAUGUAGGGCUCCAGUACUCCAGCAGCCCCUCCACGCAGGAGAAACCAGGGGUGUCAGGUUCAUCUGAAGAUAAAGUACACCUCACUGAGUCAUGCGUGAAGAGAUUAGGGGAGAUCAUGGAGAAGGGUGAGUACCUGAGAAUACAUGUGGAGGGAGGAGGCUGCUCCGGGUUCCAGUACAAGUUUUCUGUUGACAGAAACAAAAACGAGGAUGACAGAGUGUUUGAGGAAGGAGGAGUGGGCGUUAUCGUGGACCAGGAAAGCCUGGAAUUUGUGAAAGGAGCCACGGUGGACUUCAGUCAGGAGCUUAUUCGCUCCACCUUCCAAGUGCUCAAGAACCCACAAGCUGAUCACGGCUGCUCCUGUGGGAGCUCCUUUUCUGUCAAACUAUGAUCCUGCUUAUCUCAUUCCCCAACACCUGCAUCAGUAAUAUUCAGCACUCUGAUUUAACAGUUUAUUGGGUAUGUGUGUACAAAACUAUAAAAUAUGAAGAGAUAUUUCUCAUUAUAAUGCAUUAUAAGUACUUCAGCAUAAAAUUUGACAGAUAGAGCCAGACACUACAGUUGUACCUAAUAAACUGUUAACUCAAAUUAUUUUAUCACAUUGGACUAUCUCGUUAUUCAUUUCACUUCUAACAUCUAGUGACACUGAAACUGGUAGAUAAUAAUUUGCUGUCUUUUUUUCCUUUGUUGGUGUGAAAAUUACUUGGACUGAAUGAACAACAAAUGUAUUGAUUAAUCAGUGUUCUAUUUAAAAAUGUAUACAAGAUGUGGAGGUGAUGAUGCUCAAUGACAGUCAAUAUUUAGCAGUACUUUAAAGGUUGACAUGAAGUAUUUGAAUAUUUAGUAGAUUUUCCUUUAUAUGUAAAAUAUGUAAAUAGCCGAUGAAUAUGAAUUUAAAGUUCAAAGCUAUAUUUCAUCUGUAAUAAAUUAA